ACCGACGAGGGAACAAGCAGCAGUACCAGCAGCACUAACUUGCAACUGCCACAAUUGAUUGAUCCGCAUCUUGUGCACAUUUCGUUUCAUUUCCGGUUUUGAUUUAGGAUUUGCUUGUUAAAGACUGGAUUUCGAACCCAAAAGGACAGACACGGACACGUACCAUUAAAAUAUUCAACACUACGAACAACGGUGAACAAGCAACAGAACAAAGAUGCGAGAAAAUGAGUUUGCAGCGCUGGAGGGAUUUUAUAUUCUCCACGAGACAAUUGGUCGUGGAGGCUUUGCGAAGGUGAAAAAGGCUACUCACACAUCAGGGGUCAGAGUGGCCAUUAAAAUAUUGGACAAGGCCACACUUGGAGAGGACCUUCCCAGGGUCCAUCGUGAGAUUGAAACUCUCAAGUCCCUCGAUCAUCCUCAUGUCUGUAAAAUGUUUCAAGUGGUGGACACACCAACCAAAAUUUUCAUAGUCAUGGAGUACUGUCGUGGUGGCGAAUUGUUUGACUACAUAGUUCAAAAGGAUCGACUUACCGAGGACGAGGCACGACGCAUUUUUCGACAAAUUGCAUCUGCAAUUGCAUAUGUUCACAGUCGUGGGAUCGCGCAUAGAGAUUUGAAACCGGAAAAUAUUUUGUUGGACGCGGACAAUAAUGUUAAACUUAUCGAUUUUGGACUCUGUGCCUCUCUAAAGACUGGACCCAAUUCCGAGCUCGAAACAUGUUGUGGUAGUCCGGCUUAUGCUGCACCUGAAUUAAUCCGUGGACAACGGUAUGUUGGUACCUUGGCUGAUGUUUGGUCACUUGGAGUUUUGUUGUAUGCUUUACUUUGUGGAUCUCUUCCAUUUGAUGACCCAACUCUAGGAAUUUUGUACAGAAAAAUUCAAAAUGGCAAAUAUGACGAACCUCGCUGGCUGUCCGAAGGGAGUAAAAACAUCUUGCGAUGCAUGCUACAGACAAGCCCAGAGUUCAGACUACCCGUCGACCAAUUACUGAAUCAUACUUGGUGUCAAGAAGGAAAACCUGAGCCCCUUCCAGUCGUUUGUGAUGCAGAUUCACAUGUUGCCAAAUUGAUUCUUGAUAUUGAUGUAUUGCGACUCAUGGCUGCAAACGCUGGAGUUUCGGUUCAUGCAUUGGAUAAAAUAAUAUCACAAUUCGAUUACAGCACUUAUGAGCUCGCUACAUAUUUGGUUCUUUUACAACAAAAGGAACUCUUGGGAGUGAGAAAUUUCAGAAUGUGGGGAAUGAACACUGACCGGGUACCGCCGGGUUUCGGCAACAGAGUCCAAAAGUCGUUAGAGUCUGAGUUUUUGGAGUGUGAUAAUGAAUUGUUGUCCACCACUCCAGCACGACAUGCAUCGAUGGAAGGAGGCCUAGAUGAUACUGAUCUUCUAACAAUAGGAAGCCCGAAGGUCAAAGAGCAAGACCCAGAUGACAAUGACAAGGAAAAUGUGGACAGCGUGGAUUUUAUUCGACCAAAGAAUCCAUCUCCAAAAAAAUCACAGCGAAUACCAAUUCCAAUGCCUGAAACUCCGAAAUCCAAAUAUUUAUCACCUACUCGAUCUGCUGAAUGUGUAACUGACUCAAUGAGAACUCCAAAGAGAAAUACCAACUUCAGUCCCGGUGGAUUACAAAGUCCAGCUCGAAGGAAGGUGCUGGGAAGCUUGGAGCGAGGUUUGGAUAAAGUUCGAAACAUGCUUACUCCAAGAACCAACAAACUUAAGAAACCUAGAUCUUUGGCUACUCAUAGCAGGGGUGCAAACAACGUUUCUACAACUGAUAGCACUGAUGCUGAAUCAGUCAUUGCCGAACUGAAGGCGUCGCUUUCCAGAAUCGGAAUGGAUUGUAGUCAGAAGGGUUAUCGAUUGAUAAGCAAGAGCAGCUCCGUCAAGUUUGAAUUGGAAGUGGUUUACAUUGAUGAACUGAAAGUAAUCGGCAUCCGUCGUAAGAGAGUUCGAGGGGAUUCCUGGGCUUACAAAAGAAUCAUGGACCAAGUCCUCGCUCUCACUGCUGGAGUUUCUACUCACUCACAGCAACCGCCCACGCCCCACACCAAAACACCUCUUCAAACAAUGGUUUAAGGAACAGGAACAUUUCAUCACUCUGCUCCUAACCCAAAUUCAUUCGUAAUAUAGGAAUAAUAGAAUAUGCCAAUUUUAUACCAAAAGUUUUUUAUUUACUUGUAUGCUAUAAUUUUAAAGUGGUUUGAAAUCCGACCAGACUGACGACAGCGUCUCUGCACGUGACCAAGUUUUGUAAAUUUUGUAUUGUGUUACGAAUAUAUUAUUACAGCUACGAAAAUAUUUCAUUAUUGAUCUGAGCUUGCUCAAAUUACAAUCAAUUUAUAAUCCUCCCUGAGCUCACUACCAGAAAUUCCUUUCCUAAAAAAACAUGAAAUAGUACAAGCUUUACACAAGUCAAAAUUUAUAAUCAAUAUUAUUUAUCAUUUUGGGUUUUUUGUAAAUAGCCAAGAAUGAAUUGAAUGAUAAUAAAAGGAAAGUUCAGUUGUUUAAAAUUUAUGAGUAUGCAUUUCAUUCCAUGAUUCAAUUGCAAGUCGCCCAAAGUUAGCAGUUUAUCUUUCAAUUGUUAUCCUAUUUAGUAUAAACUAAUUGCUAUUAUUUUUAUUUUUUAUAACCCAGUUUCUUUUAUUCAAACAAACACAUUGAUAAAAUAUAAAAUGCACGUACAUAGUUGGCUUGGGUUUGAGUGAGAGGAUAGAUAAACCCGAAUGUGUUUGUGUUUAGUAAAAAUUAAUCUUUUUAUGUUUUAUAAAAUAAAAAUGGCUUAUAUUUAAAUAGCAAAAUUUACAUUACUGUUAAUAUAUAACUAUGAAAAAAGAAUAAACCAGGAAAACCUCUACUUGA